GGCCCGAGGCUGGGGGAGGCCAGCAGUGGUUGAUUUCCAGGAUGCUCGUUGGUCCUGGGCAGCCCAUUUGGGGGAAAGGAGGCCUUCCUUCCCUCCGUGGGGGCCUGGAGAUGGAGGGGCAGCCACCAGCUUUCCUCUGAUCAGUCCCAGCAAGCUUUUGGGAAGAGGCGAUGGGAUUCGCAGUAGCUGCUGGAACAUUCACAGAUUUCUCUUGGAGAGGCCUGGGAGGGGGUGCUGCUCUGACCAUAUCAGGCCAGCACGAGGCAGCCCUGUAUGUGUUGUCAUCGGGCCAGAAACCCCAGGCUGCUCUCCACUGGACCCCCGGUCCCCCUUGCUGUCCCUGUACCAGGACAAUGGAGCCCCUUGCCCAACUCCUGCUCCUCUGCAUAGCCCUGAUCUCGGCAGCCAAGGCCGAAGCUCCGAAGGAAAGAGACCCAUUCACAUAUGACUACCAGUCCCUGAGGAUUGGAGGGCUAGUUUUUGCUGGCAUCCUCUUCAUCCUUGGCAUCCUCAUCAUUCUCAGCCGAAGAUGUCGCUGCAAAUUCAACCAACAGCAGAAGACUGGGGAACCUGAUGAAGAAGAGGGUACUUUCCGCAGUUCCAUCCGCCGCCUCUCCAGCCGAAGGCGGUAGGGGCCUGAGAUGAAGUCGCAGAGGCUGCCCAGGUUUCCCAGGGUCCCAGCCCUCGGUCCCAUUCCCGCAAACCUGAAAUAAAGGCCAGUCUUCUUCC